GACAGCGUAGGUUUCCCGUCGGUGCCGGAGAGACGUAAACAGAAGUAACUUUCCGAGCGGAAGGCACGUGCGCGGCGUGGCAGACGCUUCAGCUGGCUGGGGUUGCGCAUGUUGUGAGCUGCAGCGGGGCUGCGCCGAGUUCGACGAACUGCACACUCAGCACAUUCACUGCCUUUCUCUCCGCUGAUACAGAUCACCCAGCGCUUGCUUUGUGGAAAUGCCUUUUACAAAACCUACAAUGUAUGUUGUUCUCCUCUGCUAUCUGACCUAGCCGGGCCACCCCGAAGGUAUUUCCGAAGCCCCGUCGGCCGGUUUAUAGAGCGCCCGCGGCUUGGAGGACACAUAUGUAUUGCUGCAGCGCGCAGGAAAGUAAAAUGGACUACAAGAGGCGGUUUUUGCUUGGCGGGUCCAAGCAGAAGGUGCAGCAACACCAGCAUUACCAGAUGCCGGAGCUCAGCCGGACACUGAGCGCACCUUUGGCCUCCACCACAGCGGCGGCGGCGGCAUCGUCUCUGCUCUCUUCGGCCAACGCCGGCGGCUGCGCCCACACCACCCCCAUCGCGGACAUUCAGCAGGGCAUCUCCAAGUACCUGGACGCCCUCAACGUCUUCUGCCGAGCCAGCACUUUUCUCACGGACCUUUUCAGCGGCGUUUUCCGCAACUCGCACUACUCCAAGGCAGCUAUGCAACUGAAAGACGUGCAGGACCAUGUCAUGGAGGCCACCAGCAGACUCACGGCAGCAAUAAAACCGGAGAUCGCAAAAAUGUUGAUGGAGCUGAGCGCCGGGGCGGCCAACUUCAAAGACCAGAACGAGUUCAGCUUGCAGGACAUUGAGGUGCUCGGCCGCUGCUUCCUGACGGUGAUGCAGGUUCACUUCCAGUUCUUGUCUCAAGCUUUGCAGAAGGUUCAGCCCGUGGCGCAUUCGUGCUUCGCCGAAGCGAUCGCGCAGGAACGAAGGAACGUCCCCGGAGCGUCCGACAUGAGCCCCAGCAGAGAGCACGAGGGGGCAGUGCGGUCAUGGAGAGGAGCUGCCGAGGCCACCAGCCGGCUCAGAGAGAGAGGGGUGGACGGCUGUCUGGCGGGGAUCGAAGUGCAGCAGCUGUUCUGUUCCCAAACGUUGGCGAUUCCUGAGCAUCAUCUGAAGGAGCUGAACAUGAAGAUCGACAACACGCUGCAGGCUUAUAAGAUUGCUCUGGAAAGCUUAGGUCACUGUGAAUAUUCGAUGAAAGCCGGCUUCCACCUCAACCCCAAGGCUAUAGAAGAAAGUUUGAAGGGCUGCUGUAGCGAAGCAGAAGCACAACAAGCAGGAAGGAGGCAGACACCACCUCAGCCGAUCCAGUGCGAGCUUCCAACCGUGCCUGUCCAGAUUGGCUCUCACUUCCUAAAAGGAACCUCGUUCAACGAGUCGACGGCGGAAAAUUUAAAGCUGAAAACGCACACGAUGCUGCAGCUGAUAAAAGACGCGGACGGCCACAACGGGGUCACGGACAGAGACGAGACCGCGGUGACGGAAGUUCUCAAUCAAGUGUGUCCUUCUACCUGGCGGGGGGCUUGUAAAACUGCAGUGCAGUUACUGUUUGGCCAGGCUGGACUGGUGGUGGUCGAUACGGCGCAGAUUGAGAACAAGGAAGCAUACGCACCGCAGAUCAGCGUGGAAGGUUCCAGGAUCGUCGUGCAGGUCCCAUCUACUUGGUGUUUGAAGGAAGACCCUGCGACGAUGUCUCUGCUGCAAAGAAGCCUUGACCCCGAGAAAACGCUAGGGCUGGUUGACGUUUUGUACACCGCCGUGUUUGAUAUAACGCGGUGGAAGGAGGGUAGGGAACAGGCGUUGCCUAUUAUUCAGAUCCAGUUACAGAGGGAAAUCUCGGAGUUCGGAAAUCAGACGGAUCUCCCGCACGGGAACUGCAGCAAAUCGGCAGGAGGACUGCAGAAGACCUUCUCCAAACUGACCUCCCGCUUCACCAAGAAAGCUUCAUGUAGCGGGAGCUAUUCUGUCCCUCACACGCCUUCCAAACACGUCUUAACCACUAACCACUCGGAGGAGAAGACGAAAGGGCCCAGUAACGCAGACUCCAAGUUGCAGAGCAUCCUGACCAUCGGAACAUUCCCCAGGUCGAUGGACGCGACCCACUCAAACCAGAGCACAAACUCCCAGUUGGUAAACGGGCUUCUGACCGACCGGAGGGACGAUUUCUUUAAAGGAGACGAUCCAAAGGAUGAGAAAGGAAUGAAUUUGCCCACCGAUCAGGAGAUGCAGGAUGUCAUAGACUUCUUGUCGGGAUUUAACAUGGGAAAAUCCCAACAGACAUCACCUGUGGUCAAGAGAAGGAACUCCGCUACGUCCUCUGGGGCGACCGAGCAGAAGCAAGGGACUGUGAAACCGCAGUCGCAAACAGUGUCGCAUGCGUCGCUGCACGCUGCCGCGCAGGGGCUGCUGCAACAGCAACAACCUCCGCCGCCGCAACCGCUGCAGCUGUCGCAGAAACAGCAGGUGCCGUAUUAUCAGCAUCUGUUCCAGCCAAUGGGACAGCAGCAGCAGCAGCCGCCUCCGCAGCAGCAACAGCCGCCUCCGCAGCAGCACGCUCCCGGGAAGUGGCUGAACAGCCCCGCGCAGCAGUCCUCGCAGGCGGUGGGGAGCGGGCUGUCUCUUGGUCAGAUGAGCCAGUGGAGCGGCCAGGGCGUCUCGGAUCUAAGUCCCGACCUGUACAGUUUGGGUCUUGUCAGCAGCUUCAUGGACAAUAUGAUGUCUGAGAUGCUGGGGCAGAAACCGCAAGGACCCCGGAAUAACACGUGGCCGAACCGCGACCAAAGCGAGGGGGUGUUCGGGAUGCUCGGAGACAUCCUUCCUUUUGAUCCUGCAGUGGGGUCUGAUCCUGAGUUUGCCCGCUACGUGGCUGGGGUCAAUCAAGCUAUGCAACAGAAAAGACAAGCACAGCAUGUUCGACGUCCAGGCAACACGCGCAGCAACUGGCCUCAUCCCGACGACGCUCACAGAACGUGGCCCUUUCCCGAGUAUUUCAUGGAAGGGGAUGUUCUAAACAGUAACUGGUCAGGUACUCAGGGAGACUCUGCCAGCUCGAGCGACGAGGCCUCCUCCGCUAACGGAGACAGCUUGUUCUCUAUGUUCUCAGGGCCGGACCUUGUGGCUGCUGUCAAACAGAGAAGAAAACACAGUAGCGGUGAACAAGACACAAGCACGCUGCCGUCACCCCCUCUGCUUUCUACAGUAGACGAUCUCAAUCAGGAGAACAAAACCAAAACAUGGCCGCCAAAAGCACCAUGGCAGCACUCAUCCCCUCUCACCAACACACUGCCCGGCCAGAGCUCUUCUCUGUACCAGAUGAGUAACCCUGUGAGCCAGUGGAACGACACAAUGCAAAUCCUACCGUCCCCGGUUUGGUCGACGGCCGGCGACUGUGCGCCUCCUGCGGGGAUCUCCUCCACUUUUGCCUACUCGCAGCAGCAGCAGCAAUCGCAGCAGUCAAACAAGGGCUUUAAAUCCUUCCCGAUGAAACACGAGCGCAGACCCUCAUACCUGCAUCCCUUCUGACCGGCGGCGGAUCCUUCUAGAAAAGUGCGCCGCUUCAUCUAAAGAGUGGGGGAAAAAAAGAAAGCGAAAAAGUUUUUCCUUUGGCUCGUUUGUCGGUAACGUGAUGGUUGGGGUGAUUUUUAUUUUGGUUGUGAUGCUAUUCGAGUAAGAAACCAGGUCAGUGGUAACUCUGCAUCCUUUAUACGAGUGAGAAUUUCAUUAUAGUUUUGGCGUUGAGGUUUCGAGUGGAUCGCCCUACAUAUUAUAUAUGUCAUUUUUUGUUUGUUUUUGGUUUAUAUUUUCCAAAAAUGUGCAUUUCCAGCUGCGAAUGGAUCUCAUUUGUGCUCAGCAUGACUCGUUAUUCCUGAUCUUGUUGAGGAACGUGCGGUCCGUCAGCUUGAGUUGGCAAUUGAACUG